AUGGCCCAGAACCUGCUGACCCCGUACUUCAAUCAACUGCGAGAGGGUGUGUCGAGAGUGCUCAAAAGCGGACAAGUGCGUCCGUCCUUUGCCCUACUUGGCCUCCCCUUCGGCGGUGCUGGCCGCGAGUUGCAGGCGCAGGGCAUUGACUUUGCAGUGAACGUGCCAACCAUCCUCGUCCCACCCGUCUGCCCAUGGGCGUCCUCCUUUAUCCCACCGCCGUUCUACUUGGCGAAUCCGCACAACAUGACCUUCCUGGACAGGCUUCUGGUCAUCGGAGGCAACUCACUCUUGAACUUUGGGCGACAUCUGGCAGUGCUUGCAGGCUUUCAGUUUUCAUUCAUGCCAGACCUCAGCCCGGACCUUUGGAGGGGCCGCCUUGCAUUCGUGAACAGCAUCCCGGGUUUUGACUAUCCGCAGCUGCUGCCGCCUCUGGUGCAGUACACGGGCCCGGUCGUGGAUGUAAAGAAGAUGGAGCCCUUCCCAGAAGAAGUGGAGUCAUGGCUCGAGGCUGUGCCCGAGGGAAUGCCAGUCGUUUAUGUGAGCUACGGCACCAUGGUGCGGCUGACUCCCGAGAGGGUGGCUGCGACACUGCGCACCCUGACGUCCGCAGAGCACUUCACUUUGUGGGCUCUGCCCAAAGCACAACAGGUCGGCUUGCCAGAGACUUUGCCCUCGAGUGUCAUGAUCCACCACUGGAUCCCAACGGCACGGACACUGGCGCACCCCAAGGUGAAGGCCUUUGUGUCCCACUGCGGUGGAAACUCGGCUGUCGAGAGCAUGGCCAUGGGCAAGCCGCUGAUUGGCUACCCACAGUUUGGGGAUCAGAUGGGCGUUUGCCAAAGAAUUGCGGACGCUGGCGCAGGGAUCACGGGGCCGCAGGGUGGCUGGGUCCAGGCAGCGGAUGUGCACCAUGUCCUCUCCCAGCCUCGCUAUGCCAUGCGGGCACAGACCAUGUCUCGACUUCUGGAGAAGUUCGGAGGUACAUCUCGAGCUGCUGACCUGCUUGAGCUGGCAGCUGCAGGUGACUUAGCCGUGCUGAAGACUCCUCUCGAAGGAUCUUCUAGCUCCGGCUUCUUCAUGUCAGGCUAUGACCUCGUCAUCUAUGCACAGCUGCUCGCAUUCUUUGUGUUCUUCACGUGCAUGCGCUGCUGCAGCUGUCGGAGACGGGCAGGCGCACGGACAGAUGAGAAGCAGAAGACACAGUGA